AUGUGGUGGAUAGUGAAGUUUACGAUACUUUUGCACUGUGUCCACUCAGUCCGCAUAGUCAACGUCCGAGUGCCUGAAGUCCUGCAAUACGGUACAAAGGACGCUAUCACACUCGACUGUGACUACACCACUAAUAAUGUAACCGGACUGGUAGUUAAGUGGUUUUACAUGGACAGAUCACACCCUGUGUAUCAGUGGAUACCCCCACAAAAACCUCAAGCUUUGGGGUUAUUGAAAAAUAGGCUAGAUCUCUCCUACAAAGUAUCACAAAAUCCAUACACGCAACAUCGUGCGUUACGUAUCCUGUCUCCAGGGACCGAGUUAACCGGAAACUACACUUGUGUGGUAUCUACAUUCCUCUCUGAGGACGAGAGGACACGUCCUAUGACUAUAUUUGUUCCGGAAACCAGGUUCGAUAUGAUUCAAGAUCGUCUUAGAGAUGGCUAUUUGGAUAUUAUCUGCUCAGUCGAAGGUGUAUUUCCGAGACCAGAAGUUGUUAUAUUAGUUGGAAAUAGACCAGUCAACGCGAAGUCCUCAAUAAAAAUCAUAGACGGUCGAUACACAGCUCUUACUAGCGCUUUGGUGAAAAUUGACUCUCUCCCACCGACAGUCGAAAUAUUAUGCGACAUGCAAGUUCCACUUGCCAACUACUUCAGCAGGAAGAGGGAUAUAUUCUAUCGAGAUCCGCCGUCUACUACAGGCGAUCCUCUAAAUGCAGCGCGUGAUGAUGGACAUUUUAUGAGGACAACUCCACUGCUUCUACCUGCAUCUAUAAUAAUAAUCUUCAAUUUACAAAUCACG